UGAUAAGAUAUAGUUAAGGGGGUGAGAUACAUCUCGGCUGGAUAUCCCCAGUUGGUGGCAAGAUGCCGAUCUUUGUUAGCGCCUACAGUCUGCGUGCAAUCAGCAAAUACUAUGCCCACCAAGACCAGAGUGGCCUGGACAAACUGUGCCACUUGACUAAUCAUCUGGUCGCCUUUAUCUUGGCUAAACUCCAUAAUUUGUUGUUUGCUCUAUAUUUUGCUACGAUAGCACGUCGUAGUCCCUCGCCGGCCGCCGUCUCCCAGUCGUCGUACGGCAGUCUGAGUUCCAGCCAAGAUCUACACAUUCGAGUGGACAAGGAUGGCGUUGCUAGCGAAUCCACUCCGCUGCUGGCAGCUGCUCAGCGGUCCAUCAAGACGUCCUCAUCCCUCACAGCCUCAGUCUCAGCCUCCUCCUCGACGCCUUCGAGUUGCCGGAGGAACCCCACGCUCCACGAAGACUGCUUCAAUUGGCGCUCGGUGGGACUGCUGGUCAUGUGUGCAUCCGCCUUGGCACUGGCCGCCUAUUUGCUCUGGAGACAAACCCAAACGCCGGACUUUGGCUACCGACUCAGUAUCGUGGGUCAUGGCAUAUGGUCGGAUAUGGAUAUCCAGGGUCGGGGAACACUUUUCGAUCCGAUCGGUGUCCACACAGUGAUUAUUACCCACACUGGGAGCAAUGAAUGCCACGAUGAUUGCCCGGAUGUAUUGCAUAAGCUGGAAAGGUCGCAUCUUGGCGAGCUGCCCUACAACUUCCUGGUCGCCGGUGAUUGUCAGGUCUUCGAGGCACGAGGCUGGCACUAUCGGAGCCAGUAUCCAAGGGAUCUAAUUGGAAUAGACUCGUUGGUGAUGGCCUUUGUGGGUAACUUCAGCGGGAGGCCACCCAUCGAUUGUCAGUUGUUGGCCGCCCAGGCUCUGAUUCUGGAAUCCCUAAAGCGUCGGAUUCUGCAGCCAAUGUACCAACUCUUCGUGUUGGGCAGCUAUACGGACGCACUGCAGCGGGAACUGAGGCACUGGCCGCACUACGCGAGCCACCAAACAUCCAAGUGAAGCAACAAAGAGAUGAUUCCAAAUUA